GAUUUCUUGCAGUCAGCUGUUGGUCUUAACACUACUUGAACACAGAGAAGAGGGGAGAGUCCUGCCACAUCAGUGAAGAUCACCUGCAGUGGCUGCUUGGUGGUGCUGGGGUUGCUGCUGACCGCUGCAAUCAACUGGUCUGCCCCCACCUAGGACCUGUCCAUCUUCCUCCAGCUUGGUUUUUGCCUCUUCUGCACUGUAUCUGUGUUAUUGACUGAGACUGCUUGAGUAAGAGUCUCAUUGGAGCUGGAUUGGUGACUUACCUUUGCUUCUCACUGUAUCUCUUGGCUCAUCAAAAGAUCAUAGUGUGAAGAUACAAUAUUGUGAUAGAUCUGUUGUUGUGACUAAGGCUUUGGUAGGCAUUCUUAAUUGAGCUUCUCUCUAGUUUUUACCAUGACUGGGACAGAAGUUCAGACUGGUUCUCAGGCUAAGCCUGAUAAUAAGCCUCAGGAAAAGGUUGUGGGUGGGUCAGAAGGAGAAAAUGAGGUUCCGUUGGUGGUCAGACCCAAAGUCAGGCCCCAGGCUACAGCAACAAGUGGUGCCAGGCCCAAAACUGAAAGUAAAUCUUCCUCUAGGGCAAGGCCUAAAACUGAAAUCCAGGCAGUGUCUGGAACAAGACCUAAAACUGGAGCCCAGGCAAUGACUGGAGCCAGGCCUAGAUCUGAGGCCCAGGCAAUGACUGGAGCCAGGCCUAGAUCUGAAGCCCAGAUAAUGACUGGUGCCAGGCCCAAAACUGAUGCCAGGGCAAUAGGUGGUGCUCGCCCCAAGACUGAGGCCAAGCCAAUCCCAGGGGCAAGGCCUAAGGGUGAUGCCCAGGCUUGGGCCCAGAGUGAGUUUGGGGCUGAGGCAAUGUUACAUGCUGAGGGAGCACCCUUCUCUAAUGCUGUCACAUGGCCACUGGUCAAUGCUGAGUUUACAUCAAUUACUAAAUCUAAGAGUCUAUCUAUGGAUAGAAAACUGGUCAAUAUGGACAGAGAAACCUUUCCUGGCACCCAGGAUCAGAAUGGAAUCCAUCCUUGGUUUGGACCAGGAGAGGAGGCUAAUAUGGGUUCUUGGUGUUAUCCCAGGCCCAGAGCUAGGGAGGAGACCUGUAAUGAGUCUGGAUUUUGGUCAGCUGAUGAAACCUCUACAAUGUCUUCUUACUGGACUGGAGAGGAGCCUGGUAUCAGAUCCUGGCCCAGGGAAGAGGUGAAUACUAGAUCCAGGCACAGGGCUAAACAUCAGACUAAUGUCAGGGCCAGGCCCAGAUCCAAACAAGAACCCUAUAUUGAUUCUUGGUCUGGGUCUGAGGAUGAGGCGGGCAACCCAUUCUGCUUUUGGGCUGGAGAAAAUACUAAUGACUUGCUUAGACCCAGAGGCAGGGAGGAGGCUAAUGUCAGACCCAAUACCAGGACAAAGAGGGAGGACUAUUUUGAAUCUGAAGAUGAAGAUGAGUUCUAUAAAGAGUCCUGGUUUUUGCCUGCGGAAAAAGCUAAUAGAUUCAGGCGCAGAGACAAGGAAGAGUCUAAUAACUCCUUGGAAAAGAGGAACCAAAAAUAUGUUAAAAAUGGUGACAGAGUCCAACAAGAGUCCAGGUUUGAGGAGGAAGUGAUUAUUGGGUCCUGGUUCUGGGCAGAACAAGAGACCAGUUUGGAGGCUGGAGCUUCAGCAAUCUGUGAAUCUGAACCAGGGGCUGAAGAGGGAGCCAUUGGCGGAUCGUUGUUCUGGACUGAAGAAAAGUCCAGUUUGGGAGCUGUGGCCAGAGAUGAGGUCAAUCCUGAGUCUGAAGAAGAGGCCAUAUUUGGGUCUUGGUUUUGGGAUAGAGAUGAGGCAUGUUUUGACCCAAAUCCCACUCCUGUGUACAGGGUUAAGAGCAGGUUCAGAGAUCUAGCUGAGGAGGAGCUUAAUGAAGCAUCUAGGCCCAAAUCCUGGGAUGAGGUUACUAUUGAAUUCAAACCUGCUCCUUCCAGUGGGCUUGGCUUCCCUUCCACACGACCCUUUAUAAUUUCUGAAGAACCUUCUGAAAAUGCUGAGGCAAAAGCCAAGAAUGUGGAACUUGGUGCAGAAGGGGAAGAGCAGGAUUCUGUGCCUCGGCCUGAUCUUCCUGAACCUGAGUUCCCAUUUCAGUAUGAUCCCUCUUACCGGUCAGUCCGGGAAAUUCGAGAGCAUCUUAAGGCCAGGGAAUGUGCACAGCCUGAGAAUUGGUCUUGCACCUGUAUCCAGUGUGAGCUUAAAAUUGGUUCCGCAGAGUUUGAGGAACUUCUUUUACUGAUGGAAAGAAUUCGCGAUCCAUUUAUCCAUGAAAUAUCUAAAAUUGUAAUGGGCAUGAGAACUGCUUCUCAGUUUACCCGAGAUUUCAUUCGAGAUUCUGGUGUUGUCUCACUUAUUGAAACCCUGAUGAAUUAUCCUUCCUCCAGAGUUAGGACCAACUUUUUGGAAAACAUGGUCCACAUGGCUCCACCUUAUCCAAAUCUAAACAUGAUUGAGACAUUUAUUUGUCAAGUGUGUGAGGAAACCCUUUCCCAUAGUGUGGAUUCCCUUGAGCAGCUAACUGGAAUAAGGAUGCUUAGACACCUCACCAUAACUACUGACUAUCACACACUUAUUGCCAAUUAUAUGUCCGGGUUUCUCACCUUAUUAACCACAGGCAAUGCAAGAACAAAGUUUCAUGUUCUAAAAAUGUUGUUGAACUUGUCUGACAAUCCUAUGGUGGCAAAAAAACUAUUCAGUGCCAAAGCUCUCUCAAUAUUUGUGGGCCUCUUUAACAUAGAGGAGACAAAUGAUAACAUUCAGAUUGUUAUUAAGAUGUUUCAGAAUAUCAGCAGUAUUGUAAAAAGUGGAGCAAUGUCUUUAAUUGAUGAUGAUUUCAGUCUUGAGCCGCUUGUUUCUGCAUUCCAUGAAUUUGAAGAGCUAGCUAAACGGCUGCAAAUCCAAAUAGAUAAUCAAAAUGAUCCUGAAGAAGGACAAUAAAGUUGUGUGAUUAACCACCUGCCACUUAUCAGCCUUAUGUUCCCAAAGAGCCCUAAAUAGUGCUUUCGUGUGCACAGUCUGGUUCUGUGUUUAUAUUUUUAAUGCUAAUGUGAACUUGUCAAACUCUUGUGGUGAGCUGAAUCAUUUGUGGAUGCCAAAAUGAAUAUCAGAACUGAAAACACAUUUGUUGAUAUUUGUUUUACUGUCCAGAUUGUGAUACUUUUUAGUGUUGAGCUCCCAGUGAACCAAGUCAUACGAGUAAGCUAUCCUGCUAUUUGCUGUUUAAACAUGUGGUUCUCUACUUGAGUCUGUGUUUUCAAUAAAGUUCGGUGUUAAAAUGG